AUGCCUUCUGCAAAUACCACUGUACCCGAUGACACUCGUGCUGUUGACAGUGUCACCGCGGCCAAGUCACUCCAGACCUCGGAGGAGUUGGUUAACGCUCUUCAGGCCACCCACACUGCGCCACUCUGGGCCCAGAUGCAACGUCUGAACCCACCAGCGCCCAAUCCCCAGACCGUCCCUCACGUUUGGUCUUAUGAUCGUAUCAGGCCAUUUCUUCUCAAGGCAGGACAGCUGGUUACAGAAAAGCAAGCUGAGCGUCGCGUCUUGAUGCUUGAGAACCCAGGUCGAGCGGCACCUUACACAACCGAUACCUUGUAUGCCGGUCUCCAGUUGGUGCAACCCAAGGAAACUGCACCCGCACACAGGCACACAGCUUUUGCUUGUCGAUUUAUCAUCGAGGGUCAUGGAGGGUUCACGGCAGUCCAUGGCAAGAGAGUCCCCAUGAAGGCUCGGGAUCUCAUAGUUACUCCCACAUGGAACUGGCACGACCAUGGCAAGAAAGGCGCUGACGAGGAGGGUGGAGAUGACCAACCUGCCAUCUGGCUCGAUUGA